AUGUUGCUAAAUCGUUGGAAAGAGCGAAUUCAUCUUAAACGCGUGGCCCUUUCGUUAUUAGUAGUGCUGUGUUUUUUGAUAAUUGCAUCUGAUGCUAGGGUUUUAACAAAUUCAUAUAAUGAAAUUGAACCACUAGCUGUAUCUCAAGUUGAUACUUAUCCUGAUGAUACAAUUCUAAUGCUACUUAAACCUAUUACAUCAGGAUCAUGUGGAGACCCUAUAUUACACUUUCGUAUAAUUGCUAAGAACGGAACUAUAACCAGAUUUGAUUAUCCUACAAACAAUGGUACUAUACCUCUGAAUAAUUUUUGUUUUCAGAAUAGUAAUAUGCAUAAAAGAAAUUAUAAAGAGUAUGAAGAAGAUUGUGAUGACGGAAGUGAGCCAAAGAAGCAUCCAAGUAAGCCAACAAAGAAUCCGAAACAUCCCGCAGGAAAAAAAGAUUGUGAUGAUGGAUCUGAAAAUUGCGAAAAAGAUUGUAAAGAAUCCGGGGAGGGUUGCAAAAAAGAUUGUAAAGAAUCCGGUGAGGGUUGCGAAAAAGAUUGUAAACAAUCUAAAGAGGAUUGCGAAAAAGAUUGUAAACAAUCUAAAGAGGAUUGCGAAAAAGAUUGUGGAGAAUCUGAUGAAGAUUGCAAAAAAAGUUGUAACGACCAAUGGGGAAAUUGUGUUGGAACACCGAACGAUUGGUCCAGUCGUAGUGUUCGAGGAAAUGUGAUUAAUUUUGGUGAGAGUUGCUCAGCUGUCAAAAUAGUUAAAAGCUAUAAAAGUGAUGGAUUUUUGUACACAUGCUACAACUCUACAACUAGCACUUUAACUUGGACACAAUACACAAUAAAAACAGAUGGUUCGAUUACGACUGGCGCAUCUGGCCAAUCUAGUGAAAUUACAAAGAUUACCGAUAUGUCACAAUUUUCAAAAUUUAUAACCAUUUUUCCUACUGAGAAUAAUGAUUACGGAUUAGUUUACACAAAAUAUGUGUCUCAAUCUGGACAGGGAAUAGUAAGCCCAUGGCAACUUUAUUUAAUUUGGAUUUCCCAUACAGACUCUUCAACUAAAGGAAAUUACAACAUAUAUGAAUCGCAGCCCAGUACAAAUACUACUGAUUAUUACUUGUACCAAUGUUCUGUUGCACAGGAAUCAGUUGGAUACAAUUGUUUAGUUUAUACUAAACGAACAGAUAAAACUGUAUACGUUAAUAUUAAUUUUUGGUCUUCUGGUUCUGUCAAUAAAACGAAUGACAUUACUGUAAAUAUGCCUGCUCCAUAUACUACUGUGGUGGAUGUCGAAACUUUAUCCUACGGUGGUUAUAUUUUUGUUGUUAAGAACACUACAAAUGCUACAGAUAUAGGCAAUGUUCAAGGGCUUGUGUAUUACAAUAAUGGAACCGAUCAUGGAACUUGGGGUCUUACUGAUUUUACAGCUGGUAUACCGAUCAUUGGCUUGACUGCAAACAACACUGUGUGGGCCAUUACUCAAAGUACAGAUAAUGCAAGUAAUAGUUCAAGUUGGACUCUUCAUUCAUCUGACACGCUAACAAAUUUCCGUCCAGCUGGUAUGCUCGGUUCAUCCUAUAUUUCGUCUGUCACACCAUCAUCGAAUGCGAUCGUUGCGCCACGACUUCCAGAAAUUGUAAUAACGUAUAAUAGCCAAGUUUAUAAAUCCAAUGGAUCUUUCAAAGUCUGGGAAGUAAAUACCACUGGAGGUGAUGAUUCUUUACGUGGCGCAAUUCCGGCUUCUCAUGAUAAAGUUAAAAUUAACAGUGAAAAUGUAACCGUAACACUGUUACCAAGCUAUAUGGGUGGUGGUCAUAAAGAAUAUUACAUUACAGUGGAUGAUAAUGCAAUAAAAAACGCGCAAGAUCAGAACCUUAUUGGUGAUAGAAGCGUUAUCAUUCGUCUAACCCCUGAAGGAACUCAACAUUACGUAGAUUUAUCAUCAAACGAUAAAUCUACCUUUGUUAAAAAUAUGGGUGGUGAUAUUGCCACAGUUAUUAAUUGUGAUGCUUCGCGUAUUAAAAUACCGGUACUUUAUCAAUACAGUAAUUAUAAUAAUAGUGGUGAUCAACUUUUUAUGCGUGUUAAUAUUGCCCAAAAUGCCCCGAGCGGUCAAAGCACUCAAGGCGCCCAAGGAGAUAGUAGAGGUGCACCUAGCCUUGCUGAUGACUUAAAUGAUGUGAUCGUUAACAAGGAUAUUUCGGCAAUUUCCACUGGCACCACCUCUCAAUACAUUGAUCAACAUAAUGCUGACUUAUGGAGUAGAUACAAAUAUAUCCUUAUUGGCGUUUUUGUUGGACUUGCACUAUUAUCGCUUUUAUGGUGCCUUACGUGUUGUAGGCGCUACAGGAGUGAUGAUGUGAAACAUAGAAGGAGAGAUCAUGCAAUUCUCAACUUCUUGACCAUCUUUGUGUCCACGCUAAUAGUGGUAGAUCUUGUAUUAGACAUUUUAUUUAUUGCUAUUCAUGGAAAGGACGAAAAAUGGAUUAUGCCUGUUAG